CUGUCCCAGAGGAGGGGGCAGAAAAAGCAGAGACCAGCAGAGGCAGAGCAGCAGUGGAGCCCCGCAGCUGUCGCCCAGUCGCCUUCCCCCAAGGAGCCCCGCUUGGGAGCACCGGCAGCCCUGGGCCCCCAGUGCAGCAUCUAUUUCUCAAGCCCAAAGGGCCAGUCUGUCCGACUGGGGUCCGAGUUUUUCGAUCAGCCUGCAGUGCCCCUGGCCCGGGCGUUUCUGGGACAGGUCCUGGUCCGGCAACUUGCUGAUGGCACGGAGCUCCGUGGCCGUGUGGUGGAGACUGAGGCAUACUUGGGGCCAGAAGAUGAAGCUGCCCACUCGAGGGGUGGCCGGCAGACGCCCCGCAACCGUGGCAUGUUCAUGAAGCCGGGGACACUGUACGUGUACCUCAUCUAUGGCAUGUACUUCUGCAUGAACGUGUCCAGCCGAGGGGAUGGAGCCUGCGUCCUGCUGAGAGCUUUGGAGCCCCUGGGGGGCCUGGAGGCCAUGCGGCAGCUUCGUAAGUCCCUCCGGAAGAGCACCGCCAGCCGAGCCCUCAAGGACCGUGAGCUCUGCAGCGGCCCCUCCAAGCUCUGCCAGGCCCUGGCCAUCGACAAGAGCUUUGACCAGCGGGACCUGGCUCAGGACGAAGCUGUGUGGCUGGAGCCUGGAUCCCCAGGGCCCAGGGGGUCCGCCGUGGUGGCGGCAGCCAGGGUGGGUAUUGGCAAUACAGGGGAGUGGGCCCGGAAGCCCCUGCGCUUCUAUGUCCGGGGCAGCCCCUGGGUCAGCGUGGUGGACAGGGAGGCUGAAAAGAGUACACAGGCCUGAGCUAAGGGUCCGCACAGACAAGGCUUUUAAACUGCUAAAAGACAAAUAAAUGCUUUAUUUCCAGAAAACUCA